AACGCCUUGUCUACUAUUGAUCCGUACUAUUGACAUGUCGAUUCCACCAGCUUGAUUGAUCGAUGAUCUAGAAGCACGUAUGUCAGCCCAAGCCCCAACAGACUCCGCCCCUGUCGAUCCUGCUACGGUGCGAGUUACACAACGUCGACCCCUCGCCUGUCGAGAAUGCACAAAGCGAAAGAGGAAGUGCGAUAAGCAGAUUCCCUGUUCGCGAUGUCGACGGCUCAACCUGCACUGCUCUAGAGAGAUCGUCCACAUCCGGCAGAACACGGUGCGACAUGCCGCGGAGAUUAAUUUCCUCAACUCCGUCAUAGCGGAUCUCGAGGUGCCGUCGGCGGAGGGCUUGCGUGCCACCGUCCAGCGGGUCAAAAGUCGCAUUGCGCAACUCCAGUCGGGCGAUGAAUCCGCUCAAGUAGACGAUGCCAUCAUGCCUUCGGAGGCUCCCGAGUCAAUACCGGAAAGUGGCACCCACGAGGGCCCCCUGCAUCUGGAUACCGGGGAGGGCGCAGGCGCCGUCGGGCAGGCGGAUUCGUCGCUCCUCACGGCCCUCGAGCAUCUGGCCUGGGACCGCAAUUCGUCCGGCUGCUUCCCGCACCGGCGAUGCGCUUGCCAGUACCGUAGAGAAGGCGUAGAGCGGUUAACCCUCAACAGCCAAGCGUUCCAGUUUUUCGGAUAUGUUGGAGAAUCUGUGAUUCGAGUGCCGGAUUCCUUUGCGGCGGAGAAGCUCGUGAAUUUCCACAUCAGCCACGUUGCGUGGCACCACAAUUGUCUGCAUUCGCCCACUUUCCUGGAGCAAUGCGACGUGUUCUGGAAGACGGGGCGAUGCGACCAUCCACUCUGGAUGGCUCUCUACCUGUCCGUCCUGAGCUCCGCGGUGUGUUCGAUGCAGAAUAGUGACAAGUUCAAGGCGGUCCUGGAUGUAGACCUCGACACCAUACAGUCGGCCCAGGACCUGUUCGCCGCGAUGGUGCAGGUGCUGUACAGCUCCCAUUUCCUGAAGAACAUUUCUAUAUACUCGGUGCAGGCCAUUGUCAUUUCCACGGAGGUGGCGCACAAUCUUGGCUUGAGCCAGCUCAACGCGACGCUCUUCAAUUCCGCGGUCCGUAUUGCGGAGUGUCUGGGGCUUCAUAAAAUCGAAGACCACGCGAAGCCUCAAGUGCAGACUCGCGAGGAUUGGUGCGAGCGCAUUGAACGGGAAGUUGGAAAACGGGUCUGGUGCCAGAUGAUCAUCCAAGAUCAUUUCGCCAUCCCCUUCACCGACACCUACAGCAUCUCCCCCAUGCAGUACUCCACCGGACCCCCGCUGAAUGCAGACGACCACGAUCUGGUCGACAAGCCAGUGUCAGUGCCAACGAUCAGCACGUACGUCCGCGUUCUCGUACGACUCGCCCUCCUAAUGCCGGGCUUGGUAGACGGACUGGGCCCCAUGAAACACCGCGAGCCCAUCCGAGAGCAGUACGAGCACAUCCUCGAAGUCGACCGGAAGAUGCGCGCCGUCGUCAAAGACAUUCCGUCGUUCAUGCUGCGGCGCGACCGAGCCAAGGAAGCACAGGUCCCAUGGCUGAACAUCGCCCGACGCAGCUUGGCCAUCACCUCCGCCGAGAAGAUCAUCAUGAUCCACCGCCCGUUCCUCUUCCGUUCCUUCCACUCGCAAGCCUACCAGCACACGCGCCGCACCUGCGUCGCCGCCGCGCGCACCAUCCUCCGCGAGCACGAAACCAUCGUCAAGGAAGACGAAACCUCCAUCUGGACACACACUGCGUUCUGCAUCACCGCCGCCAUAAUCCUCUGCUUCGAAGUCAACACCCUGCCUUCAAACCACAAACAGCUCGCCCCAAUUUACACCGGCGCGAUAGAAGGCGCACGAGGCCGCCUCGCCACCCGCACAGGGGACAUCCUCGCCCAGCGUGGCGUCGCCCUCAUCGAUGCCAUCUUCCUCGCCGAGCAGUCCUCUACGGAUCCGUCGCAGACCCAACCCCCCUCAAAGUCAAUCGACUUCAACCGCAUCAUCGUCGAGUACUCCGCGCUCAGACAGCUAACUCUAGGAUCCGACAGCGACGGCAUCCUCGCCGGCGCAGACACAACCAGCAGCCACGCGGACGUCGGCGUUGGAUUAGACCUUAACAAUAAUGCGUCGUUUGCGCCGGCGGCUGAGAUGGCUAUCGAUUUCGAUACGUGGUUUAAUGGGAUUUUCUAUGGGUUUCAAACUUGAAUCUAGGGUUUGUUCGAUGUAUUUGGUUGGUUCUUUCGAUAGGGUUCAGGGGUUGUUCUUUGUCGUUCUUUCCUUUUUCUUUCUGUUUAUAUUUUCAAAAGCAGAUAAGCCUGGAGCUCAUCUGUAGCCACCACCAGCUGGGGCUACCCUACCCGCCCACAGCGCCUUCCUUACAAAGGCGUCUAAAGCAGUCCAAUGACGACGACAACAUGAUGUAGAAUACCUAUUUACUUUAUAUACCACCCGAGAGGAUCAGAAGCAGG